AUGGUAGCUGGAGCUACUGUUCAACGACCAGAGUACCUCAGUAUGAACCUCAAUAAGUGUGCUAAUCUAGGCCUCAAUGCCUUCUUCCAGGCAGAAAGAGGUAUUUUGAAGAUGAGACAGCUCUCUGUCAUGGCUCAAAACAGGCUUUCCGACGUCGUUUAUUGUCUUGCCGAGCCGGUCGUUGCUCAGAAAUGUCUCAGGGCGUAUAUGAGCGAUAUCAAGGAAUCCGCAGAGGAAUGUUACAUCACGUCCAAGGAGAUUGAUGACGAUUUCACUGCUUGGCUCAGGUUUGCACAGGAGCUAAACACAGCUUGGGCUGAGCAAAGGUCUACCGUCGCCGAGAAGUCUGUCGCAAGUGAGUUGAAGAAGGCGACUGAAGAGUGCUGUCUCACGCAGACAGGGGAGGCCGUCAAAGUUGCUAAGAAGAUCGCUGAAGACUUGGGCAAGACACUUGACGGAGCCACUGUUACUUACACUAAGGCAUCCGAUAAUUUUCCAACUGGAUGGGAGAUCAUUGGGCAACAAGUGGUUUCGGGGCUCUCCGAGUGCCUUAUCACUGCCCUAAACCAAGCUAUUCCAGCCCUUGUGGAUAGUCUUGACCCAAUCACCAAAGCUAAGGCUGCUCUCGGAGGAGGGCAGACCACGCAACCACCAGCUGUUGAGGCUCGCGACCCUGCAUACGCUCAGCUGGCCCGAGAUCUAUACCUGUUCGACGCGCUGAACGGAAUUCUGCGCAGCCCCGGCGGAGUAGACUGGAAGAGCACUGAAGUGACGAAAGAACAGCCGAAGACCGUCAUCGGUUUCAUCUCCACCAUGCUCGACGAUUCACUGACAAGCUUCUACAAGUUGGCCAGCGACCAGGCGGCUAGUAUUCAAUAUAAGCAGAUUUUGGCUGACGCGGUAAAGAUCGCACAGGAAAUCUUGCAUGAGUCCAAGAAGGCUAGUUCGAGUCUCAGUUAUCAGAAACCAGGCAAGGAUGACCCUAUGGCCAAGAAGUGGCAGGAAGUCUUUGAGGCUCUGUACUCCGACAUUUAUGCAUUGAAAACCAAGGGUCGGCAGCUCCCAGGAAACUCUGCCAACACGUCACCUUUAUAUCCAUCCGAAGCGGAUCGAACGGCGCAAAUCAGUGCCAAGACGCAACAAGCCCAGCUUUUAGUCGAUAGCGCGACUAAACAACUUACCACAGCGUCCGAGACUCUGAAGGUCACCACCGAGGCUUACAAGGAGGCUUCGAAACAGCUCCUCGAGCAACAGACAGUCCUGGCCAAUAUCAAGGCGGAACUUACCAAGUUGACAAAGGAAAACAUGGCAUUGGAAGAGAUCAAGACCGUACUGGUGCAGUGCAUCAAACUGAUCAUCAAUCUGAAGUCACAGAUCACAAACUUGGUCCGCUUCUUCAGUGCCAUCGCCACGACCAUUGAUGUUUUCACCGUCAGCAUCGCUGUCUCCUCCGAUUCUGUCGCACUUGAAAAGGGGACAGUCGGAAACUACUCUCUACUUGAUACUGAGCGAAGCAUGAUUUACCAAGGUGUCUUGGCCAUUUCUGCCUACUUCAGUCUUUUCGCCGAUGUAGGAACCAUGUGGAGAGACGUGUCUCCGGACCACAUUUUCACAGGCAUCUCCCUUGUUGAACGGAUCAGUUCCAGCAAUGACGAGCCUGGCGAAAUGAAGAAGAAUUUCAAGAUUCUGGACGAUUGGUCAGACAAUGCACAGCUGAGAAUCCGUGAGAGUUGCAAAGCCAAACGAGAGGAGAUUCUCAACGGAAUGUACGAGCGCAACAAUGAUGCUUCAUCCACUAUCAAGCAGUUGCCUACAGGCACGGUUCCCAGCCAGAUCCAGUCUGUCAUUGAAAAGACUGCUAAAGAAUUUGAGGAAGCCACGAAGCAGCAAAUCGUGACUGCUGCCCAAUACAAGCCCAUCAACCGGCCCUCGCUGAUAAGUCUGCGUACGGAGAGCCUCUAG